AUGGACAGUCUUGGAUCUGCCGGCAUCUCGGCGGCGGAAAUUGGGCUUUUUGGGUGUUUCCAUGCCGAAUUUCACCGGACUGUUCUGCCUUCGUUGGGCCGUUUUUGUGAAUCCAAUCCCGAGUUUGAUCUUCCGGAGGCAUCUCAUCUCCGACUGCGUUGUCUGGCGGAUGUGGACCCCCAGGGAUGCGAAAUCACCACAGGCAAGCUAUCCGCUAUCGCUUUAGAGGCCAUACUAGUCAAGCGAUCGGAAUGGUGGAGAGCGUUUAUGUCUCUCUACGCUAUUAGUCAAGGACAAACUACAUUUCAUGUUCUUGGCCAAGAGAAAUGCGUACCGCCGUCACUCGCUCAUGGCUUAAAUGCAGACUCCCGCCUCAUACAUCUCGCGGAUUUCACAUCUCAAAUAGAUCGUUUUUCUUUGUGGCCAACCACAGCAAUGUCAUUUUCAUUUUCUGUUGUUGGAAUGGCGUGCAAGGUCACCGGGGCUGAUGAUGUGGACGAGUUUUGGGAUAUUAUUUGUGAGGGGCAGUCGCAGCACGCUGAAGUACCGGAGUCUCGUUUCAGUUUUGAGACGGAAUUUCGCGAUUUUGAUCCACGCAGGAAAUGGUAUGGCAACUUCAUUCAAUGCCAAGAUUCUUUUGACCACAAAUUUUUCAAGAAAACACCCCGAGGGGCAGCUUCAAUGGAUCCACAACAAAGGUUGCUCUUGGAGGUCGCCUACCAAGCCCUUGCGCAGUCGGGAUAUUUCCAAAAGCCUGUUUCAUCGUUAGAUGUCGGGUGCUAUAUUGGGACUUGCGCUGUUGACUAUGAGUACAAUGCGGCUUGCCACGCCCCAAAUGCGUUCUCGUCUACUGGAAAUCUUCGGGGAUUCAUAGCAGGCAAAGUCAGCCACUAUUUCGGGUGGACCGGUCCGGGUCUGACCCUAGACACCGCAUGCUCAGGCGCUGCAGUUGCCGUGCACCAAGCUUGCAAGGCCAUUCUAAGUGGUGAAUGUAGAAGUGCACUUGCUGGUGGCGUAAAUAUCAUCACGCAGCCAUUGUCAUACCAAAACCUCGCUGCCGCCUCGUUUCUGAGUCAAACGGGCCAAUGCAAGCCAUUUUGUGCAAGCGCAGCUGGGUACUGUCGUGGGGAGGGCAUUGGCGCAGUGUUUCUCAAAAAGAAAUCAGUAGCUAUAGCUGACGGGGACCAGAUAUUUGGCGUGAUCUCCGGCACAGCGGUCCGUCAAAAUCAGAAUUGCACACCCAUAUUUGUUCCGAACGCCCCGUCGUUGUCGGAGCUUUUUCGGGAUGUUCUUUGUCAGGCCCAAAUAGAAGCCGAGCAAAUUUCUUACGUGGAAGCCCAUGGAACUGGUACACAAGUGGGAGACCCCGCAGAGUAUGAAAGCGUUAGCGAAGUUUUUGCCGUCAAGCGGGCGCAUCCGGUCCAAUUAGGCUCGGUCAAAGGCCUUGUUGGUCAUACUGAAAGUACUUCUGGUCUCCUGUCGCUAGUCAAGGUACUUCUCAUGAUGCAUUAUAGCACAAUCCCUCCCCAACCAAGCUUCCGAACCUUGAAUACUCAAAUUGAAUCGCAUGAUUUGGUGGAGAUUCCAGUUUCAUUGAAGCCCUGGGACAAUCCAUUCAAAGCUGCACUCAUCAAUAGCUAUGGCGCUUCGGGGUCAAAUGCGUCGAUGAUCGUAAAAUGCCCGCCUGUCCUUAAAGCGGCUGUCAGUCGGGCCGCGGAAGAGUUUUCAUAUCCAUUCCGGCUUUCGGCAUUGGAUGACAAAAGCCUUCGGGCUUAUAGCGACAGGCUGGGGAGCUUCUUGAGUUCAAGGGAUUGCGACAAAAAACCCAAUUUCAUACAAAGCUUGUCAUUCAAUGUCUGCCGGCAAUCGAAUCCACAACUCCCCAGAGUUAUUUUCAUCAGUUGCUCAACGGUUGAUGAGUUGCGGGAAAGUCUGGAGCAGCUAAUAUGCAGCGAAAAGAUACUGUCACCACCAGUGGUACUGUGCUUUGGAGGUCAGACAUCCACGUUCGUGGGCCUUGACCGCGACAUAGUCGAGAGAACGACUAUAUUACGCUCUCAUUUGGAUGCUUGCGAUAUGACCUCGAGGUCAUUGGGAUUUGGCAGCAUUUACCCUGAUAUCUUUCAGAAGACGCCAAUAGAAGACAUUGUCAACCUUCAGCUGUGUUUAUUCUCUUUACAGUAUGCUUCAGCGAUGAGCUGGAUCAGCUGCGGCCUUCAGCCUUCAGCCUUCAGCUUUGGUCGGUCAUAG